AUGGUCAAAAAACAAAUUUUGAAGAAAAGACAGGCCACUGAGAUCCAGCCUCUUGCAGGUCAAGAGGUUACUAUCAGGCUAUUGGGAAUGCUGGAUGAUGGCACAGUUGUUGAAAAGGACCCCAAAUUGAGCUUCAUCAUUGGAGAGGGAGAUGUAAACCUGGCACUGGAGCUGUGUGCCAGAACAAUGCUGCUUGGUGAAAUCGUCUUGCUCUCUACAACAGCACAAUAUGCCUAUGGCCAGCAAGGACGGGACCCUGACAUUCCACCUGAUGCCUCCCUCAUCUACCAACUCCAGCUUCUUGAGGUUAAGGAUGCCCCUGAUGUCCAGACUUUAUCUGACUCAGACUGCAUCCGGAUUGGCAACCAAAAGCGAGAAAGGGGCAACUAUUAUUUCCAAAGGGAAGAAUACAGCCAAGCCUUGAAAUUUUACAGCAACGCUCUGAAGGUUCUGUCAUCACCUUCUACAGACAUUUCCUCACCAGAGGUUGAAGAACUGAAGGAAGGAAAGGUGAAGUGUUUAAAUAACAUAGCCACCACUCACCUGAAGCUGGCCAGAAAUUCAGAUGCAAUGGCCUGCAGCCAAGCAGUCUUGGAACUUGAUCCCGAUAAUGUUAAGGCCCUCUUCAGAAUGGGGAAGAUUCUGUCAGAAAAAGGGGAGGAUCAGGAAGCCAUGGAAGUACUUAAGAAAGCCCUAAAGCUUGAACCUUCAACAAAGGGUAUUGUCAAAAACUUAUAA